AUGGAAGAGAAGGAAAGUCGAAUGAAGACGCGGCAGGAGCCAGGUCUGCCGGCCGAAUAUGGGAAGAGGCGUGGCCUCGUAGGUCAAGGGGAUGAGCAGGUGGUGGAUUAGGGUGCAGGUGUUUCGUGGCUUCACCGAUUUUUUCGCCUCUUUUCGCCAAUUCCGCCUCUUUAAAAGUCCGGCAUGACCUCGGCUUGGAAAUUAUUCUCAUCCUGUUCUCGCGAAGAAGUUCCGGUCACUGGGAUAAAACUUAUGCCUUUGAAAGUCUCAGCCUGAGAAUCUUCCCAUGAAAAGCAGCAAUAACUAUAGCGAAUAAAGUCAAAAUAAAAAAAAUCAAAAGGUCUGCGUGGAAAUCUUGUGUGACGACGACGUGACUGCGUGCGGCACGUUCGAAGAAGAGCCGUGUCGCACUCAGAGACGCAGACGACGCCGCCGGAAGAGCUCGGCGCAGAGAUCGAUAUCUCUGGACGUCGCCACCGACUUGAUGAAGCCAGUUAGGGACAGCGCGACGACAGGCCGAGAAAUCACGGAAUUCACUUCGACAUGUGCAACAUUCCACGCAGAAGGACCUCUUCCCCUUGACGGCGCAAGAAUAAAGAGCCGAGAGUUUUAGGAAAAUCAGAUUUUCGCGCCACAUCUCCUUUUUGAUAUAUAAUAUUUUUCUGCUGUGAAGUAGUAUCAGAGAAUCCAAUCAGAAAGUUUUUCAAGAGGAGAGAGUGAAAAAAAACUUUCUUUAUUGACUACAAUUGCACUGAAAAAAUUAAUGAAGCAUUUUCGGUUUUCUGACACUCAUACACGACCGAGAGAUAGUAUAUUUCCAAAAGAUAGAAAGAGAUUGGAAAAGUCGGAUAUUUAAUCCAAAAAAGUUCUAAAUUCCUACAGCUCAGUAAAAUGGAAAAAUGAGUUUCUCAGAGAAAAGAAAGACGACCCAACCCACUCAAAACUGGAGAUGUUCAUUUUUCAAAAAGAACUCAGAAGCAGAAGUUCAGGCGAAGAGAAGAAGACGGAUUGCAGAAAGUAGUGGUCAGAGCCGUUGACAGAAUGAUGACUGACCGGAGCCUCGGCCUUCGGGGACCUUUCCGAAAAUGGGCGGACCGUGGCAGCUGCAUGCAAAUGCGGCAGCUUCGGCAUACAAUGUUCUUGGUCUUUAAUGAAUUUCGGCGAGGCAAACAGGAGACGGAUGGCCGGACUGCCGUGAAAUAUCCCUAUCCUUUAGGAAUUGAGCCACUUUGGCAUGGCCGUCUUUCUCAUUGA